UUCGCAUGGGUAGCAUUGUUCUGGUAAACACGCGCGGACCGCCGCCGUUUUAGCCAAAUAAAUCCCAACAAGUUACUCCUUUCCGGAGCUCAAGCUCAAUUUUGUGUUAGCCUACUAAGCACCUAGAAGCCCUCCCAACCCGAUGGCCAUGCUGGCCAACCUGCAAGCACAUAGCGGCCACCUGUUGCGUCACAGCCUCCGAAACGGCAGGAUUUGGCGGCGAAGUUGGGCAAGCACGGCGACUGGAAAGGAUGCGGAAGAGGACAGCCUGACCAUCGGCGAUGUCAGUGUGCGACUGCGGAAGCCCAAGGAUCCCCAGCUAGUUCCGCAGCAAUACGUGAAAUACGCUCCAGAUGGCACCCUCCAGCUAUCUCAGUCUGCCCUUCACCACCUCCGCUGGAUGCUGCAAAAGGAUGCCCUGCGGCAGGAUAUGUUCUUACUAGGACAGCCGGGUCCUCUGCGUCGCCAGCUGGCCAUGCAGUUCCUGGAGCUCACGCAACGCGAGGUGGAAUACGUAGCCUUGAGCAGGGAUACCACCGAAAGUGAUCUAAAGCAGCGACGUGAGAUUCACGACAAGGCGGCCAUCUAUCACGACCAGGGAGCUGUGCGAGCAGCACUAAAUGGUCGUGUUCUGGUUCUGGAUGGAGUAGAGCACGCGGAGCGGAAUGUGCUACCCAUAUUAAACAAUCUUCUGGAGAAUAGAGAGAUGCAUUUGGAAAGCGGCAAGUUCCUGAUGUCCCCCGAGCGUUACGACAAACUCUUAGAGAAACACUCACGGGAACAGCUGGACGAAUGGGGACUGCUGCGCGUUUCUGAGCAAUUUAGAGUAGUGGCCUUGGGUCUGCCCACUCAUAAGUACAAGGGCACACCACUGGAUCCUCCAUUGCGCUCUCGUUUCCAGUCUCGCAAUGUGACUACCUACUCCUAUGGCGAGCUGUACGAGGAACUGCAGCUGGAGGCUCCUUCUGUGCCCGGCGAGCAGUUAAAGCAAUUGCUCACCUUUGCCUUGACCCUGCAGCAGGCCGAUCCAACUCUUCAACUGCCUGAUUUUCCACUCCACAACCUCCAAUUGGGUGUUAAGAUGCUGGAGGCUAAUCCCUCACUGAGCCUACACGAUGUGAUAAGUCGUAUCUAUCCAUAUCAGCCCAUGUUGAAGCCUGAUCAAAGGAAGCGCGUGGAGGAGCUGCUCAAGAAAUUGGACGUCCAAUUGAUUCCCAGUCAAAGCAUAAAGAAAAUCGAAAGUAAUCCAUCAGAUAACUCCCAAAUCCAUAUCAAAUUGGAUGAUCUGCAGCUUAAUUUGCCUGGAGGCGAAACUCCACCUGCUUCCUCUAACUUUGUGGAUCUCCCACAUCAAAGACAAGCCCUCGCCAGUCUGCUCCAAGCCUACGCGGUCGGGGAUGUGUGCCUUAUAGGCGAGAAGGGUGUGGGCAAGCUAACACUGACCCAUGAACUUCUCCGCCUGCUCCAGCAAACAUCAGAGCCAAUGAUGCUGUACGAGGACAUGACCAGCAGGGAUAUUGUCCAGCAGCGCAUUACAAGUCCCCAGGGCGAUACUGUAUGGAGGGAUUCGCCACUGGUGAGGGCUGCCAAAUCUGGAUCCGUGGCCGUUCUUAACGGUCUGCAUCGUCUCCACAAGAGCACGGCCAGCGUUUUACAGCGUCUCAUCCACGAUCGGGAACUGCAGUUGUGUGAUGGAACAACUCUUUUGGCAGCAAAUCGUUACCAAUCACUGCUUCAGCAAGGAUUCACGGAAGAGCAGCUUGGAAAACUCGGUUUCCUGCCUAUGCACGAGUCCUUCCGCGUGGUGGCUCUGGCUGAACCCCCUCGCCACGGUGGCGGACAGCCUAGUUGGCUGACACCCGAGCUUCUCAGCCUGUUUCUUUACCAGGAGCUGCGUCCGUUGCGCCAGAGCGAGGAGCAAGAACUGCUGGCUCAGCUCUGCGGUGGAGACUUACCUGCGGGAAUGGAAUCACUGCUGAAGCUAGCCCAACUUCUGAGGUCAUCACAGGAUCCUUUGCUGCAAGGACUCGCUGGUACCCUGUCCACCAGGCAAUUACUCAAAUUGGCCCGCCGUUUGGCUGCCUAUCCGCAGAGUGAGCUGAGCGAUGUCCACGAAAUGCUGCAGAACACAUUCCUGGCCAGAUUUAUGCCGGCCCUUUCAAGAAGUGCCUUAGAACAGGCCAUCCAACAAGUGGGCAUCAAGCCCCGGGAUAGCAAGCCUAAAAGCAGGAAGAAUCAGAUAGCUGUAGAGGAUAACUCCCUGAGGAUUGGCUCCACCCGCUGGCCAUUAGGCAAUCCCACCCAGGCGCAACUAUCCAAGGUACCCAGCACCCUGUUCUACGAGAUGCCGCAACAUGUUCAGCUGCUGGAGCGCCUGUUGCAGGAUUACCUCAUCGGCGAGCAUCUCCUUCUGGUUGGUAACCAAGGAGUAGGCAAAAAUAAGCUGGUGGAUCGCCUGCUGGAACUAAUGCAACGGCCCAGGGAGUACAUCCAACUGCAUCGGGACACCACCGUGCACAGCCUGACGCUUCAGGCGACGCUCAAAGAUGGCCAGGUGUCGUACGAGGACAGUGCUCUGGUCCAAGCGGUUCGAUCUGGUCACGUUCUGGUUGUGGAUGAGGCAGAUAAGGCUCCGGUAAAUGUCACCUGCAUCCUGCGAACUCUGGUGGAGAGCGGCGAGAUGGUGCUGGCUGAUGGUCGGAGAAUUGUGCCACCGGGAGCCGGCGGAAGAGUUCCAAACUCUAUUGAAACCCAUCCCGAUUUCCGUCUAAUAGUAUUGGCCAAUCGUCCGGGCUUUCCCUUCCUGGGAAACGAUUUCUUUGCCGCCCUCGGUGACGUUUUCAGCUGUCAUGCCAUCAGCAAUCCCGAUCCAGAUUCGGAGAUCUUCCUGCUGCAGCAAUAUGGUCCCAAGGUACCCAUAAAAACCCUCCGCACCCUGGUUAAUGCCUUCGGUGAAUUGAGAACUCUUGCCGACGAGGGAAUGCUAAACUAUCCGUACUCCACCCGCGAAGUGGUAAGCAUUGUCAAGCACUUGGAACGCUAUCCGGAGGAGAACAUGUCCGAGGUGGUGGGCAAUGUGCUGGACUUUGAUCGCUAUCAACCAGAGGCUCUGCAGCAGGUAACCCAAGUGCUGGCCAAGCAUGGCAUAGAAUCCUACGCCGAGGAGGAGAUCCAGGCCAUCAGGAAGCAGAAGACCUUGCAGGCAUCAGUGAAACGGCACAGUGGACUGGGCGUCUCUGGACCAAAGUUUGGCAAACUGGAUCCCAAGAACGAACCGCAUGUUGGCGGUAACACGUGGGCGGGCGGCAGUGGUGGACGUGACACUGCUGGACUGGGUGGCAAGGGUGGACCCUUUCGCCUAGAUAAAGGCCAUAAGGUCCAUCAGCUAAGCGACGAGGAGAAAGCCGAUGUACCGGAGGAAAUCAAGCGGGCGGCUCGAGAAAUGAACCGCAAGGCAUUCGAGGACAAGCUCAAAGAGAUUAAGAUGUCCGCCCACGACCACAAACUCUAUGCCCAGUUCAGCGAACCCAAUCGCAAGCAGGUGCAGCAGCUAAAGGCGGUCCUGGAGGCCAUGCAGACAAAGAGCAAGGAGCGCCAAUGGCAAAAGUACCAGACUCACGGCGAUCUGGAUGACACUCGACUAGUGGAGGGCAUCACUGGUGAGAAGAACAUCUACAGACGGCGGGCGGAGGCCAAUCCCUGGGCGGAUCACGUCCAGGAGAAGCCUAACCGACUUAAGCUGGUCGUGGAUGUUUCGGGUUCGAUGUACAGGUUCAAUGGCUACGAUGGACGGCUGGACCGUCAAUUGGAGGCCGUAGUGAUGGUCAUGGAGGCCUUCGAGGGCUUUGAGAAGAAGAUCGUCUACGAUAUUAUAGGUCAUAGUGGAGAGGGCUGGGAGAUUCCAUUCGUGACCGCCGGCAGUCCGCCAAAGAACGACAAGGAACGUUUUGAGGCCAUCCGGAUGAUGCACGCUCACUCACAGUUCUGCUGGUCCGGAGAUUCCACGGUGAAGGCGGCGCGGGAGGCCUGUUCUACGCUAGGUGCGGAGCAGGACUACGACAACGCCAUCGUGGUGGUCCUCAGCGAUGCCAAUCUGCAGCGCUACGGCAUUGCUCCCAAGGAUCUGGCUGUGGCUCUUAAGCGAGGCGAACCGAAGGUCAAAGGCUACGCCAUAUUCAUUGGCAGUCUGGCCGAGGAGGCCGAUGAAAUCAAUGCUGAAAUGCCAGCGGGUCAGAGCUUCGUCUGCAUGGACUUAACCAAGCUACCUCACAUCCUGCAGCAGAUCUUUACCUCGUCGCUGCUCUAGUGCAAUUUUUAGAUCCCAAUGGAUCGAUUAUUUUAAGUUUAUGUUGAACACAGUGUUGAUAAUUCCAAUUUUAGUUAAGCCUAAAUCGAGUCUAUAGAUUGAUUUUUGUGUAAAAACAAUAAAAUGUACAGCUAAACUGA